AUGUAUAUAAAUACAGCAGUUUGUUGACAAUGGAGUUCAACUAGUUUUAAUUUAUCAACAAUUCACUAAUAGUUAACAUUUAGUGCCAUUGGCUUGUAAAUUGUAAUCUCAAGUAAAUCUGCAACAAUUUAUACAAUACUAUAUCAGCUGCACUAUACAAACUAUUAAGCAAUCAUGAGUCUAUCUGAAAUUUCUUGUAAAUUCACUGAAAAUACUUUGGAUGAGAUUAUACAGAAAGCCGGUGGCACCAAGCACACUUCCUACAAAUUCGGCGAAUGUUUCAAGAAGGGCGAUUCCUAUUUGAGUAGAGUGUACAGACUCUCCGUCUUCGGCGUAAAUGAGACCAAUGGCUCAACUGUCGAAGUGCACCUAAUUUGUAAAGGCAUGCCAGAUAAUGUUGCCCGCCGUAAAGUGUUUCACUCAGCGGUUUUCUUUCGUAAUGAAAUAAAUUUCUAUACAAAAGUUGUGCCUGCUUGGGAAGCGUUCCAGGCACGUCGCAAGCCAGCCAAUCCCUUUACAGAAUACCCAAAAUGUUUUGCUUCCUAUUGUGAUGGUGAAAACGAUUUUAUUGCACUGGAAAAUGUCAAUUUCCGUGGUUAUAAUGCGCCAAAUAGGCAGGACUACAUAUCGCUGGAAGAUGCCAUAUUGACAAUGCGCACUUUGGGACGCUUCCAUGGUAUUUCAUUGGCAUUCCGUGCCUUGGAGCCCGAAGUUUUUGAGGCAGCCGCAAAGGGUUUAGAGGAAACAUACUAUAGUGAAGCGAAGCGUCAAUGGUAUAUCGGUUUUCUCGGUUUGGCCUGCAAUGUUGCUAAGGAUGCGGUGGAAAAAACUUAUUCCGGCACUGAAUAUGAAACCAUAGCUAAAAAAUUCUUGCAACCUACGCCAUUGUAUGAUGAUCUGAUCAAACUGGUUUCGUCGGAUUCUCCACUCGCGGCUAUUGGACAUGGUGAUUGCUGGACGCCAAAUUUCCUAACACGUUACUCUAAAGACAAGCAUCCAGAGGCUAUCAUAAUAAUCGAUUUCCAAUUGGCACGUCGUGCUUCUAUCGGCUUAGAUAUAUCAUUCUUCAUUUACUCCUGCACAAGUGAGGCACUGCGUGAAGCGCAUUACGAACAGCUUUUGAAGGAAUAUCACCAGAGCGCUUGUGCGCUAAUCGCCGAUUUAGGUGCUGAUCCAACGGCAGUUUUUAGUUGGGAAGCUUUCCAGGAAGAAAUGCGUCAAUUUGCGCGUUUCGGUUGCGGCAUGGGCAUUGAGUCGUUGCCGAUGUCAUUGAUUGAAGACGACGAAAUAGCCGAUUUGGAUGACAUGAAAGAGGAUGCGGUGCUCACCGAUGUUUGGGACAUCAAACCAUUUAAAGAGCAGCGGAAGCGCGAACGCAUCGCACAGAUAUUCAAACAUGCCAUUGAUCAGGGCUAUAUAACAAACUAAGACAGCAAAUUGUGUCUGCAUUUAUGUUUACCAUAUGUAUGAAAUAAGUAGCAAAAUGUAUACAUAUGUAUAGGGCUAUCUAUGUAGUGCUAAAGUUAUACAGGAUUAAACGCAAUAUUUUAAAAUUUUA